CGUGCGAAUCGUCGUCGUUGCCAUUGGAUUGCCGAUUUUGUGGUUAUACCUUCUCGGAAAUCCUCACAAAACUAAUUAUAUUGCCAGACUAAGUUUGGCCUGGUCAAGAUGACGGCUAGCAAACAGCAAGAGGCCGAGUCCGAACAUGACCCCCAGGUGGUGGUUGCCCCCGGCGAUGCAGCCCGUAGCUCUAGACACGAUCGGGGUCUUUGGAGGGACUUGACUGCCUACUGGAUUCUGGGUCUCUGCAACAACUAUGGCUAUGUGGUGAUGCUCAGUGCUGCCCACGAUAUCAUCAAACAGUUUAAUCCUACCGAUGAUGAUGAAGAGACUUCUUCGGGCAGAAACUGUCACUUGGUAUCCACUGGAGCUAUUUUGUUGGCUGAUGUCUUACCCUCUCUAUUUGUUAAGAUGCUGAUGCCCUUCUUUCCAUUUUGGGUCAACUUUCGAAUUGCUUUGGCUGUGGCCUUUUCGGCGGCUGGUUUCCUUUUGGUAGGAUUCGCCAAUGCCGAGUGGAUGGCUCUUCUGGGAGUGAUCAUCACCUCAGCCAGCAGUGGAAUUGGAGAAACCACUUUCCUGGCCUAUUCCUCACGCUAUAACAAAAAUGUAAUUUCGACUUGGUCUUCGGGUACUGGAGGUGCUGGAGUUAUUGGCUCUUUGAGUUAUGCCAGUUUAAGAUCCUUGAAUGUCAGUCCUCGCGACACCAUGCUGAUCAUGUUGAUCUUCCCUGCCAUUGAGGCUUUCGCUUUUUGGCUAGUCCUCCGUCGUCCUCAGGUGGACAUUCUUCCAGUCACCACCGUGGAGUCCACUGAGGUUCUGAUCAGCGACGAGAAACCCUUGGUCGGGUUCAAGGAAAAGUUUUUCUACAUCAAGCACUUGUUCAAAUACAUGCUGCCCCUUUGUUUGGUUUACUUUUUCGAGUACUUCAUUAACCAGGGAUUGUUUGAACUGGUCUACUUUGAGGACAUCUUCCUGGACAAGGACUCGCAGUAUCGUUGGCUCAACGUGGACUACCAGAUCGGGGUCUUUAUCUCGCGCUCCUCUGUCAAUGUCUUCCAACUGGACAAGAUCUGGUUAAUGUCCAUCUUCCAGUUCGUCAACGUGGUCUACUUCCUCACCGAAGUCAUUUGGUGGUACACGCCUAGUAUUUGGAUCGUGUUUGCCAUUGUCCUGUGGGAGGGUCUCCUUGGCGGAGGUGCCUAUGUCAACACCUUCUAUCGCAUGUCCAAGGAGAUAUCCGCGGAGAGGCAACAAUUCGCCAUGGCCAUGGUGGUGCAGUCGGAUUCCUAUGGCAUCGCUUUGGCCGGAUUCCUCGCGAUUCCCGUCCACAAUGCCAUCUGUGGUCUGCCGGCGGCCACGAGGGCCGUUGUUUGGUGAGCAGAUCAGGAAACUAAUGAGAAUCAGGAUCAGAAUCAGGAUCAAGAUCAGAUUAUGCCUUUACUGUGUGCGUGUGUAGCUAAUUUAGAGCCUAAGUCUGCGUGUCCCAAUAGUAUUAUUCCACUCUAUGCGGCUCUGCGAAGUCAGUUAGAUGUUAUAUAGUUAGUAUUCAUCAUGGUUUUAACAAUUAUCCAUAUAAGAUUUAGUUUAAUAAAGAAUUGAUGAGAUCUAUGCAAUCUAUGAUGCAUAAAA